AUGUCUUUGGUUGUCUUUGCAAAUAUAAUGAAAAAUUCAGUAGCGAAUUUAUUUAUUUCACCGAAAGAUAAACCAAAUUAUUCAAUUUAUUCUUCGAAAACUGAUACAAAGCUCAUCAAAUUUAUCAAAAAAGCUUACAUAAGAUGGGCAUAUUUUAUCGCAACUCACCUUACUCUGACAAUUGUCAUAUGUAUUGCAGCAUCAUGCAUUUGUGCUGUUAAAGUACUCAAAACUCCGUACAAAAAUGAUCCAAUUGGACAUAUUCCUUAUGGUGCUCGUGCUCGUUAUGAGUAUGCGGUGGAAGAGGAGUUUAAAAAUUUAAAUGGAAGAAGUAUUCUUCUAAUAAUAUCAGUCUUAGCAAAAGAUAACGGAUCAGUGUUGACUAAGGAGAUUCUCGAAGAAUCAGUCAUGAUCGAUGAUAUAAUAUCAAAUAAUUUCACUAUAAAUAAUCAUAUAACUGGCCAAGACGAAUCGUUCAACAAAUUUUGUCGAAGUUUUUGCCUUAUAAACGAACCAGUCCGAUUAUUUUAUCGAACAUUUGUUAUUCAACAAGAACGAUUGAAAUCAAAUCAACCAGUAAAUGAACGUAUUAAUCUUGACUAUCCAACUGCCACAAUAUAUGGUCGACGAAUUAAUCUACAGUUGAACUUCAAUGGAGUUAUUUUAUCGAAUAAAAAUUCGACAAAUAUAAAUUCAACUUCCACUAUAACAAACAUGGAUUAUGUAAAAAUGUUAACAUUCUUUUAUCGUGGCGAAGGUUCAGCUGAAACAACUGAAGAAGACGUUCGUAAAUAUGAACUCGAGAUCGUAAAUGAAUAUAAGCCAAAAUACGUUCGCACAUCGAUCCUCUCGUUCUUCUACAUUGACGCUGAGGUGACACGAGGCGGACUAAGCAUGAUGCCAUAUCUCGCUGUUGGCUUCGCUAUAAUGAUUUACUUGGCGAUAUUUGCUUGUAUUUGCCCACUUAUGGCCAACGUUACUGCCAUAGGCGUAUUACUUUAUUUUGGUGUUCGUAAUGGUUCGAUAUUAUGCAUUACUCCAUUUUUGGUUUUAGCUGUCGGUAAGAUUUCAUCUUAUCAAUCGAGAAUUACUGAAGAUUGUGUUGCGCAUCGAAUUGCACAGGUUUUAUCAGAAACUGGUCCAGCAAUCCUAAUAUCAGCACUAACAAAUAUACUUGCUGAUGGCGUAGGUGCGUUUACAGGCUCACCUGAGAUUACUCUCCUUUGCAUUGGAAAUAUGGCAUCGAUUUUUAUGGAUUUUAUCUACCAGUUGACAUUCUAUACAGCAGUAAUGUGUAUUGCUGGCCAAGCAGAAAUGUCAAAUGAAAUCGGUCGUUUGAAUAUUCAGUCGAUAAAAGUUGAUAAUGAGUCGCAAUUAAGUCAUAUAGUAGACAAUGCCCGUGACCAAAUAAAAUCGCAGUGCUCGUGGCUUCUCAAUAAAUAUGUUGAACUACUCACUAACAAAUUCGUCGCGCUCAUUAUCUUUUGUCUUUGGAUUAUAUUUAUUACAUUCUCGAUACUUGGAAUAAAUCGAAUAAAUAUUGAACUAAAACCAACGGAAUUAUUUCCAAACGAUUCUCCUUUAAUUGAAGCAAGCAAUUUAAUAAAGGAUUAUAUAGUGCCACAAUAUACUGUGGCCCAUUUCUAUGUGAACAAUCCGGGAAAUCUUUCUGAUCCACUGCGCUUGCAAAACCUAAGUAACAUGGUAGCAGAACUUGAGAAUCUAAAUUCAUCUUGGGGAACAUCGUGGGGCGCAGAAAGCUCAUAUUAUUUUAUUCGCGAAUUUCUCGAUUAUGAAAGGCUUUAUCAAGAUAAUGGUGAAAUCGUUGAGAAUGGAAUGAACCAAACUAAACAGCCAUUCAGUGAGCAAGAUUUGAACGAUUUCCUGGACUGGCCGGAAUAUAAAAAAUGGCGUGGUUUUGUUCAUCUAAACAAGAACGGAACAUUGCAAAGAUUCUUUUUUACAACUGCUUAUUAUGGUGAAAAUUUGAAACGAUUCCCAGAAAAAUCCAAAUUAUUAUAUGCUCUGCGAUCAGUAAUCGACAAAUAUAAUGAUAAAUUCAAUGUUUCUGUUUAUACUGAUGAUGGCAUUUUUCUGGACUUAAUCGACAAUAUGCCUGUAGAUGCUUGGCAGUCGGCUUUGGGAAUACUUCUAUCGAUGGCAUUUAUUUGCUUCAUCUUUCUCUAUGACACAUUUACCGUUAUCGUUGUAUCAGCAGCGAUAUUGUCCAUUAUGACAGGCAUGACUGGAGUAGUGAGUUGGUUUGGUGUUAACUUAGAACCGAUCAUGAUGGCUGCACUACUUAUAUCGAUGGGUUUUAGCGUUGAUAUUCCUGCUCACGUUGCUUAUCAUUAUAAUGUCGCUGUAAACUUGAAAUCUCAUUCGAAUGAUCCUUUAACAGUGGAGCAACGUUUACGAAAAUGUUUCAGUGCCGUUGCUCUUCCUGCUUUACAAGCAUCUCUCAAUACAAAUCUCUGUAUAAUUGGACUGGCACUUAUUCCACUUUAUAUGGCUCAGGUGAUUGUAAAAAUGUUAGUAACAUGCAUAUUGUUAUGUGUAAUUCAUGGUCUUAUAAUUAUUCCUUGUAUUUUUACAUUAAUCAAUAUAAUCUCGAAAAGUUUUGCGAAAGAGCGGCGGAAAGUCGAAAGUGUUUCAUCAAAUUCCUUUACUUAG